CAACUUCUGAACACUUUUUAUCGAUUUAAACAUAGUAAAAUAGUCGUCUUUUGUGGCUGUUGGUCGGAGAGGACAAUGUAAUGAUGUAAAAGACUAAUAUAAUUUAACACAUGAUGACAUUUCCAGGUCACAACCCUCACCUGUUUAGGUGGAGGAGCCACGGCAAGAGUAAAACAUCUGCAGACAAGAUGCAUGUCAAGAAUGGUGAUAUCGAUCAGUGGAGGAAGCGUGUGGAGGUGGCCUCUGAGUUUGCUGUAUCUGAAGUCCUCUCCGACAAGAAACCUCAGUCACGAACCAACAGCCUGGCUGUACCAUUGCAAAGCUCUGAGCAGUUAAGAGAUCAUGAUGAUGCUUAUAGUGAAGCUCAGGCUCUCCUUUGUGAUUGGCUGAGCAGUAAGUUACAGCUGGAGCUGGACGUUGAGGAAGAAGAUGACCUGAUGUGCUCCGGUGAGAGAAGAAGCCCUGCUGCACUGGGAAGUGCUCAGCCUGCCGCCCUUGACUACAGCAACUUUGAUGAUCUAUACAACUGCCUGGCCGAGGAGGAAGAGCACAGCACUGUUAACAGCUUUCUUCAAGACCUGAUGGAGCGAGAGGUGUUAGACUCUGGAGUGAUGGAGGAGCUGGCGCUGGAUGUUGGACAAACAAGGAAGAAGUUCAGAGAUCCAAUUGUCACCAUGGAAGCGCGACACCUGCAGGUGCGCGAGAACAGAGCCCAGCGGGAGACUGAGAGGCAGAGGCAACAGAGAGAGAGGGAGGCUCGGCGGGGUGCCAGAGAGGAGGCAAAGAGAAGGGAGCGAGAGGAGGAGAUGAGGAAGAAGCAGCAGGCACGUAGGCAGGAGGAGAUGGUGCAGCAGGAGAUGGUGAGACUGCGCCGGCAGAUGAAGGAGAGGAGAGGCCUGGAACAGCUGGUUCGACAGAGGGAAAGGGAGAGAGUGGAGGGGCAAAAGGCAGCCAGAAGCGUCCAGUCAGCUCCUCCACUUCCCACAAAACAGCAGCCGCAGGACACAGAGCGAAUUCAUAAAGAACAGAAAAUUCAAACCAUGGUUCACAUCGGUAACCUCAAGUGUCUGCAGAAGCAUUUCUCUGGAUGGUAUUCAGUGGUGUUGGACCGAAGGCUACGUUUAGGUAAGGCCAUGGCUCUCUCUGAUUGGAAGCGCCAGCUGAGAGCAUGGCGAGCAUGGCGGGCAGUGGUGUGGGCAGAACAUCAGCAGCGAGAGGUGGCGAGAACAGAGACGGAUUUGCGAGCUGAAAACAGACAACGCCAGCUGGCUGUGGAGAGCGACCGAAGGCGGUUGCUACAGCGAUGUCUGGAUGAGUGGCGGCUAUGGUGUCGGAUGGAAAAGGAGCAGCGAGAGCUUUUGGCUCAGCAGCAGGAGACCCGGCACAAGAUGGCUGCCUUAAUCAAUGCUGCAACAACAGGCAAGCUCAAACACAGAGAGACCCAAUCUUAUCAGCCAAUCAUGGCUCCACCUGAGGCGUCUAACCAACCUGAGACCAAGAGAAAGGAAGAUCACCAGAGGUCAACCACUGUAGCCCCCGACGCGUCUGCAGUACAUCAAACUCCUGUGGUUGCUUUGGCCCAGCCCACUCAGCCAUGGCAGGUGACCCAACGCCAUGCAGCACCGACUGCCGCUGAGCUCCACAGGGCACAGCAGAGAGGUGAGGGCGGCAGCUUUACCUGUUCAAAAAGGGCAGCUUCGCCAGGCGGCAGGUUUGAGAACAGACACGCUGUCCAGCAGCAGAUCAUCGCUCAGCAGAGGAAGCUGCUGAAAGAGCAGCAAGAUCAGAUAGCCCAGCUGAAGGAGGUUCAGAGCGUGAUGGGACUGGAGCUGGAAAUGGAGAAAACUGCACAGCUCACCCAGCUAUCAGUGGUGAGAGGCUCCAGACCAAAGAAAAAUGACUCUGACCCCAGAGAGCAGAGGGUGCCAAGAGUUACCGAAGAACCUGACAGUCUCUGUGCACCUCAAAGGAAAGCUGUCACACGCCAGACAUCCCCACAUCCAAUCAUUACAGCCAUGGAGGCCCGUGCACGAGAACGCGCGGAGAGAAGGAAGGGGAUCGAGGAGCUCAAGAGAAAGAAGGAAGAGGAAAAACUGGCUGAGAUGAAAGCUGCCGAGGAACAGAGGCAGAGGGAGGAAGAGGAGGAGAAACGCAGAGCAGCGGAAAAGAAGAGGGAGGAGAAAAGGCAGGAAAAAGAGAGGGAAGAGGAGAAACAGAGACAACUGAAGAGGCAGCAGGAGCUCCUGAAGCUGGCUCGUCAACACUACCACAGAAACUUGCUGCUACGGCGGGGCCUGGCGCCAUGGAAACGCCUCAUUCAGCUCAGACAAGCUAACAUACAGCUGGCCGAGAAUCAUCGCAAUCUCUCCCUCCUGAGGCGGUGCACACUAGGCUGGCAGGAAUCAGCAAGAGAGUCCCUGUCUGAGAAAGAAGCUUCUGCUGACCAACUGCACCAGCACUUCUUGCUUCGGAGGGGCUUAAGCUGCUGGAAAAGACUAAAGGACUGGCGGAUGAUCCAAGAGGAGAGAGCUGAGCGUUUCUAUCGCACUCGUACUCUGAGGAGGUUUCUGCUGGCACUGCUGGACCACGUGACCCAGGAGAGGCUGGUGGAGUGGGACCGUCAGGAGCUGGCUCAGGAGCACAAUAACAGAUGGGUGCUGCGGCGAUGUUUGCUGUCCUGGAGGCAGCUUCCCUGUGUGCUGCGCAAGGAGAGAGUGAGGGAGGAGCGGCGAGAGAGGCUGGGACGGAGAGUGACCGCGGUUCUGCCUGAUUUUUGUUCCCAUCAGCUGUGAAGCCUUUGGUAGAAAGCGACUAUGUAGGAGACAAAC